UGGCUGCCACUGGACCGCGCAUGCGCAGCUCGCAAAACAGUUUUAGUUCCACGAGUUUAUGCUCUCUCCACGGCUUUUUGGAAUCUUUCAGCAACAUAACUACUUUUUCUCGGAUACAAUAAAAUAGGCUGAUCAGCAGCACGGCGGAUGUAGCGAGCAGAAGGCGUGGGCUUUAAACAGCAUGUAGCAGUAAGCCUAGGUCCACUGGAAGCUAGUGGUGGCGUAACGUUAGCUGUGCUAUGUGCUAAUAUUAUGGCACUGAACGCAGGAAAACGCCGCCUGUGAUUGACAGCCCACUCACUGCUUUGCGUUACCGAUUCGGUUGGGUUGCUCGUGGAAUGGGGCAGUGGAAACUUUGGUUGGUUUAAUUUGCUGAACGGAGGGAAGAGGAAGCAGGCGGCACCGGGCCUUCGUUCACGUCGCGCAAGACUUCAGUGACCGACGCUAAUAUUAUAACAUGGGGACCUGAGGCGAAUUCAGGACAAACAAUAUUUUUACCGCAGUUUUUCCGAACUUUGCUUUUGAAAAUGGCCGGUUUUACGGAUCUACGGGAGAAGCUGAAGUCGAUGACGCCGCACAAGGACAAAGUUUUCGAGUACAGCAGCAACGGCGAGAAGCGCAAGUACCGCGAGUCGGAUGACGACGAGGACGGGGGAGACGCAGAAGCGCGAAAAGUCAAGAGCAGCGUUAAACAAGCGCAUAUCUUCACCGAGGAGGACUGCGUGCGCAUCGAGGCCAAGAUAGACGAGGUGGUCGCCAAGGCAGACAAGGGGCUCUACCGGGAGCACACGGUGGACCGGGCGCCGCUGCGGAACAAGUACUUCUUCGGCGAGGGCUACACGUACGGCUCGCAGCUGGAGAAGCGCGGGCCGGGGCAGGAGCGGCUGUACUCCAGAGGCGAGGUGGACGAGAUACCGGACUGGGUGCACGAGUUGGUCAUCGAUCGCCUCGUGACGCACGGGGUCAUACCGGAGGGCUUCGUUAAUAGCGCCGUGAUAAAUGACUACCAGCCCGGGGGGUGCAUAGUGUCCCACGUGGACCCCAUCCACAUCUUCGAGCGGCCGAUCGUAUCGGUGUCGUUCUUCAGCGACAGCGCGCUCUGCUUCGGCUGCAAGUUCCAGUUCAAGCCCAUCCGUGUGUCCGAGCCGGUGCUCUUCCUGCCCGUCAGACGCGGCAGCGUCACCGUGCUCAGUGGCUAUGCAGCCGAUGACAUCACGCACUGCAUCCGCCCACAGGACAUCAAGGAGAGGAGAGCUGUCAUCAUUCUGAGAAAAACGAGGCCAGAUGCCCCUCGUUUGAACUCCAGUUCACUGAGCCCAUCCAUCCACUCUUCUGAGAGACGACACGUACUCAAAGCCAAGCGCUCGCACCGCAAGGCCGACCCAGAUGCUGCACACAGGCCUCGUAUUUUAGAGAUGGACAAAGAGCUGCAGAGGCGUUCCCUCUCUUCCCGACAGAGACGUCAUGAUGGAGACAGUUCAGAGAACUCCUGGAGGAGAGCUGACAAGAGAGAGCUGGGCUCCCGCUACACACAUGACCACACACCCACUCGACAAGUCAAAAUGAGACGUCACUGAAACACAGUCAGAACUCAAUGCUGAUCUCCUCAAGACGCCUUUACGUUUCCUCAAGGGUACCGGAAGCCAAAAGAGUGACUCAGUAAAAGAGAUGCUUCCGGUGUGGGUGGAUUCAAGGACAUUAGGCAGUGGUUGCUUUACUUAUUAAGAGGCUUUAUCUAUCUAUUCAGACAUAUCAUUAAGAUCCACUAUAUUUCGUUCUGUGUGUUUAAAGGAAACAUGGAAUAAAAAGACAUGUAAGUGGCUAGUUGUAUUCAGUCAUAAUUCAUCAGUUUGCACCCCAGUUAACUUCAUGUGCCAGUGUCAUGCAUAUAUACAUUCACAUAACAAUAUCAAAUAAAAAUGUGUACUGGAGUUUUGAGAACUGCUCCUUUAAACACAAAUAUGGUUGACCUUUGGCUUUAAGAGUUUUGUUGGAUGCAUUUUGGCAAUCAAACUGUUUUUAGGUCAGAAAAAAGUAUGAGGGAAAAUUAAUGGAAAAUUUUAUUAAUGCUGACUAAAGUUAUUUAGUGUGACGAUAAAAUGUUUGAUUUGUAUACAGUGGCUUAUCAGUGCAUUGGACAAUGCACAAUGGCUUUACUAACAAAGACAUGAUCAAAUCUAAAGCCUAGAUUCUUUGAUAUGCUUGACAUGCACAAUAUUAGUUUCUAAAAUGGGAUAAACUGUUACAUUAGUCAUCUCUUUAUUUGUAUGUUCUUUCUGUUCUCAACGCUUCUUUCUUUUUCUCCCCCAUUUAAGGGUGGUGUUGCCAUUAUAAUAACUGAUUUGGUUUGACUCAUUAUAUCUGAAGGAAAGAAUUAAUUCAUGCCAACAUUACAGCGGACAUUAGAGACCUGUAUAAGACUGUCAUAAUGACAGAAGUUCGUGGUUUUUUUUUAAUUAUUAUUAUUUAUUUGUUUCUGAGGUUGAAUGGAUGUGCAGAAAAUGUAGAAGAAAGAAGAUAAAGUGUAAUUCCCAUUGCAGGUGUUUAACAGAAAGUGUAUUUGUCUACAUGAGACUCUAUAUAUACUUUGUAUUUAAAAGGCUGACAGAAGAGACUAUUUUUGUUUAAAUCAAGUGGAAUAGAUCAGACUGCAUAAAAGAUUAAAGGGAGCUGCUCUGUGUGUUCUUGGAA